GGGCAUGGUCUCUAUUCCAUAUGGUGAGGCUGAGGACCAGCACCAGGAAGCUGGCUUUGGGCAGACCCUGCCUACCGCUAUGCAUCGUAUUGCAGGAAGUCAGCUGCCUACACCAGGUCCCCAGUUUGAGAUUGGAUGUCAGGAAGUCAGCCCCCUAUACCAGGUCCCUAGUCUCUCUGAGACCUGGAUGUCAGGAAAUGCAGCAUAUGUUCAUCCACCCUAUGUCCUCCCAGAGCCCACUCUGCUCUGGGAGGCUCUGAAGGAGAUGAAAGCUAACCUGAUAAAGUUCCUGCUCUUCAAGUAUCUAGCUAAGGAGCUGACCUCCCAGGCGGAAAUACUGAAGAAGGUCCUCAGGGAUAACCAGGAGCACUUCCCGGUGGUCUUCAGCCAAGCCUCGCAUUGCCUGGAGCUGGUCUGUGGUGUGGAGGUGAAGGAGGUGGACCCCAGGGAGCACAUCUACAUCAUGGUCCCCAACCUGGGCCUCACCUGUGAUGUGAUGCUGAGCAGUGGGCAGAGCAUGCCCAAGGCCGGCCUCCUGGUGCUGAUCCUCAGCCUGAUCAUGCAGAAUGGAGACCGCGCCCCUGAGGAGAAGGUCUGGGGAGCACUCAGCAGAUUGGGUGUGUGUGUCGGGAGUGUGCACUGUGUCUUUGGGGAGCCCAGGACACUUCUGACACACGUGUGGGUGCAGGAGGGGUACCUGGAGUACCGGCAGGUGCCUUACAGCUACCCUGCUCGCUAUGAGUUCCUGUGGGGUCCCCGGGCCUAUGCGGAGACCAGCAAGCAGGAAGUCAUGGCAUUUCUGCUCAGGAUCAAAGAAAGGGCUUCAAGGGCCUUCCCACCCCUGUCUGCAGAGGCUGCAAGGGAGGAGGAUGAGGCUGCCUGA